CUCAUUCUCAAUGGGGAGCAGAGACGCACAGUCAAAAGUGAAAGUAAACUUAGCUCGGCGGCGGCGCUAUUUUAGUAACUGUUACUGCGAUUAGUAAACAAAAACUUUUGUUACAACAGAUUGUUUUAACAGACGCGACUUUAAAGAAAUGUACGCGUUGUUCAAGACAGGAUAACUCUUAUUUCGACAUAGAUGGCAGGUCAGAGUAUAUCUGAUUCCACAUUCAUUUAGUAUUCCAGUGGGUGUUUCCGUCUCCUCGUAUUGUCUCUGUCUUGCAUUAAAACAUGAGUGGAGUCCAGAUGGCCAGAUCAGACCCCAGCUGUGUGUCCAUGAAGAGUGACUGGUCUAUGGAUCCUCCACCUGAUUUACAGGAACCCAAUAAACGUGGCUUUGGUCGAGUCCAGAUGGUCAGAUCAGACCCCAGCUGUGUGUCCAUGAAGAGUGACUGGUCUAUGCAUCAUCCACCUGAUUUACAGGAACACAAUAAACGUGGCUUUGGUCCAGUCCAGAUGGACAGAUCAGAUCCCAGCUGUGUGCCCAUAAAGAGUGACCAGUCUAUGGAGCCUCCACCUAAGUUACAGAAACACAAUAAACGUGGCUUUGGCCCUGAGCCUAAAUGUCUUGAAGUCCUCGAAACAUUUAAAUCAAAUCUGCAGAAGAAGUUUCAGUGUUUGUGUGAGGGAACAUCAAUGCAGGGAAACCCAACACUACUGAAUGAGAUCUACACAGAGCUCUACAUCACAGAGAGUGAAAGUGGAGAGAUCAGUAAUAAACAUGAGGUGAGACAGAUUGAGACACAAUCCAGAAGAACAACAACAGAGGAGACACCAAUCAAAUGUAAUGACAUCUUUAAACCUUUACCUGAACAACACAAACACAUCAGAAGUGUGCUGACAAAGGGAGUCGCUGGCAUUGGAAAAACAGUCUCUGUACAGAAGUUCAUUCUGGACUGGGCUGAAGAGAAAGAGAAUCAGGACGUCCACCUCAUAUUUCCACUUCCUUUCAGAGAGAUCAAUUUGAUGAAGGACAAAACACUCAGUCUUUUAGAUCUUCUUCAUCUUUUCUUUCCACAAACAAAAGAAAUGGAAAUCUUCAGUGAUGAAUAUAAAGUGUUGUUCAUCUUUGAUGGUUUGGAUGAGUGUCGUCUGUCUCUGGAUUUUCACAGCAGUGUGAGGUUGUGUGAUGUAAAUGAAUCAACCUCAGUGGACGUGAUGCUGACAAACCUCAUCAAGGGGAAUCUGUUUCCCUCUGCUCUCAUCUGGAUCACCUCCAGACCAGCAGCAGCUGAUCUCAUCCCCUCUGAGUGUGUUGAUCGAGUCACAGAGAUACGAGGAUUCAGUGAUCCACAGAAGGAGGAAUACUUCAGGAAGAGAAUCAGUGAUGAGAGGCUGUCUGAUCAAAUCAUCUCACACCUGAAGUCAUCCAGGAGUCUCUACAUCAUGUGUCACAUCCCAGUCUUCUGCUGGAUUUCAGUCACUGUUCUAGAGAGAAUGAUGAGUGAAAGAAAGAGUCAAGAGAUCCCCAAGACUCUCACUGAAAUGUACACACACUUCCUGAUCAUUCAGACAAACAUCAAACAUCAGAAGGACUAUGAGAAGAAAGUGAAGGAUGAAGAGAUGAUCUUUAAACUGGGUAAACUGGCGUUUGAGCAUCUUGUGAAAGGCAAUCUGAUCUUCUAUGAUGAAGACCUGAGAGAUUGUGGCAUUGAUGUAUCAGAAGCAUCAGUUUACUCAGGAUUGUGUACUCAGAUCUUCAGAGAGGAGUUUGGUUUGUAUCAGGGGAAAGUUUACUGCUUUGUUCAUCUGAGCAUUCAGGAACAUCUAGCAGCUCUAUAUGUGCUGUAUUCAUUCCUGUUAUAUAAGAGGGAUCUACUCAAUGAAUAUUUACCGUCAAAAUAUGCAAAUGAGUUCACAUGUCACACAAUAUCAGAUCUGCAUCAGAGAGCAGUGGAUAAAUCUCUACAGAGUGAGAAUGGACAUCUGGAUCUUUUCCUCAGAUUUCUUCUGGGUUUCUCACUGGAGUCCAAUCAGAAACUUCUGCAGGAUCUUCUGAAACACAAAGAGAAAAUCUCCUGGAGCAAAGAGAAAACUGUUGAGUACAUUAAAAUCAGAAUAAAAAUAAAUCCCAAACCAGAUAAAUCCAUCAAUCUGUUUCACUCUUUAAAUGAACUGGGUGAUCAGUCUCUUGUGAAUGAAGUCCAGAAGUAUAUAAAGUCUGGAAAUCUUUCAAACAAGAAAAUCACCUCUUCUCAGUGGUCAGCAGUGGUUUUCAUUUUGUUGACAUCAAAGCAGUUAGAUGUGUUUGAUUUGAAUAAAUACACAAACAGAGACUUCAACAAAGAUCACAAAGAUCACAUGACACCAGAUGAAGUUCUUCAGAAGCUGCUGCCAGUGGUUGAAGCAUCAAGAUCAGCUAAGCUUUAUGAUUCUGGACUGUCAGAGAAAAGCUGUUCUGGUCUGACUUCAGUACUAACUUCAAAAUCUUCAUGUCUGAGAGUUCUGGAUCUGUCUGAGAAUAAUCUAAGAGAUUCAGGAGUGAAGCGGCUCUCUGAUGUACUGAAGAAUCCAAACUGUAAACUGGAGAAACUGGAGUUGUGGAAUUGUGGUGUCACAGAUGAAGGUUGUGCAGCUUUGGCUUCAGCUCUGAGAUCAAACCCAUCACAUCUGAGAGAUCUGAAUCUGUCUAGGAAUAAACUAAGUGAUUCAGCAGUGAAGCUGAUCUGUGAUGUACUGAAGAAUCCAAACUGUAAACUGGAGAAACUGAAGUUGAGGGAUUGUGAUGUCACAGAGGAAGGUUAUGCAGCUUUGGCUUCAGCUCUGAGAUCAAACCCAUCACAUCUGAGAGAACUGGAUCUGACUUGGAGUAAACCAAGAGAUUCAGGAUUGAAGCUGAUCUGUGAUGUACUGAAGAAUCCAAACUGUAAACUGGAGAAACUGGGGUUGAGUUGUUGUGAUGUCACAGAUGAAGGUUGUGCAGCUUUGGCUUCAGCUCUGACAUCAAACUCACAUCUGAGAGAUCUGAAUCUGUCUGGGAAUAAUCUAAGAGAUUCAGGAGUGAAGCUGCUCUCUGAUGGACUGAAGAAUCCAAACUGUAAACUGGAGAAACUGAAGUUGAGGGAUUGUGUUAUCACAGAUGAAGGUUGUGCAGCUUUGGCUUCAGCACUGAAAUCAAACCCAUCACAUCUGAGAGAUUUGAAUCUGUCUGGGAAUGAUCUAAGUGAUUCAGGAAAGAAGCUGCUCUCUGAUUUAAAGGAGGAUUCACAUUAUAAACUAGAGACACUGGAGUUCUGGUGAUGAUGAUGAUGGAGCCACUACAGUGAUGUCACAAUGAACCAACAGAAUGAACCAACACUGAAGACACACAAGUUCAGAUUUCAGUAUUACCUCCUGAAAGUCAGUGAGGGGAAUAACGGCGUUAUAAGUAAUUGGCGUUAGUAACUGCGUUAUUUUUUUCAGUAACGAGUAAUCAAAUAAAUUACUGUUUCCCCCGUUAUAACGCCGUUAUCGUUACUGACAUUAAAAUGCUGCGCGUUACUAAAAUUGAUCUAACUGUAGGGAUUUUCACCCGCGUAUGCUCACUCUCUCAGCCAAACACUGAUUUUCUCGUGUGUGUGUGUUGGGAGAAACAUAACUGAUGCUGAUUGGUGUGUCUGUGUGUUAGAGGGGGUGGGAGAACCACAUAGCUGAUGGUGAUUGGCUUAGUCUCCAACGUUAGCCAACCAAAGGCAGAGUUCACAAACAGGCACGCCCACUCGCACAGUCCGACUGAGUCUGAGCGAGCGAGCAGUGUAAAAAAGUCUGAGCAACUUUGUCACUUUGUCGCUAGAUUUAGCAACUUUCUAUCACUUUAGCGACUUUAUAGGACAAAUCUAGCUAUCUUUUCUGACGUGGUUGGAGACAUUUGUAGACUGACAUGAAAAUACGCGUCGUUUUCUCUUCUCAACGAGCAGCGGUGCUGCUGCUGACUGUGCCCCAUCUCAAAGCACUGACAUGCAGCCCGGUCAUCGCGCAUCAAUCACUCCGAAAACACCGGGGUCCGUGUACCUUUUGA